AUGAGCAGGGCACUUUUCCGCUCCAUGCUGGAGCUUCGAGCUCCCAGCGCCCGAUUUUCGGCCCCCUCGUCUCUACUGCCGAUUCGAACUCGCGCGUUCAACACCACAGCGCCCAUCAUUGAGCAAUCGUUCCCUGAGCGUCACCCAAAGAAUGCCACCAACCCCACGGCCAAUCAGCCUCGACCUCUCGCUCUCAAAGUCAGCCAUCCUACUCCUCCUCCAAAGCCCAUGGAGGACUCUGUCAAGACCCUUUUACCAUUUCUGGCCGCUCAACCGGAUCAUUAUAUCACCGUUCAUGUCCAUGGAUUCCCUUACCUUGUCCGGGAGGGUGAUCAGGUCCGCCUGCCUUUCCGCAUGCCUGGUGUUCAGCCCGGCGAUAUCCUACGGCUCAACCGUGCCAGUGUCCUCGGUAGCAGGGAUUACACCAUGAAGGGCGCCCCUCAUAUCGAUGAGCGAGUUUUUGAAUGCAGGGCUACGGUUAUUGGAACAGAAUCUGAGCCUCUACGUAUCAAGAUCAAGAAGAAGAGACGGCAGCGAAGAAUGAGACAGGCCAAGAGCAAGCACCGAUACACAAUUCUACGGAUCUCGGAGCUAAACAUCAACAACGGAGAGGAUAUCGAAUGA